GAGCUUUCAGUAAAACUUCCCCAAAAGAAGAGCUAUGGCUUUUCUCUGCUCCUCUCUCUCUCGGUCUCUCUGUCCACCUUUGCCUUUGGCGAUGUAAUGUGCUCUGAAGGGAGCUUGCCAUUGCAGUCGUUUUGAGGGUUUUUUUGGUUCUCUCUCUGGUUUUUUUGGGUUUUUAAUAUUUUUGAGGGUUUGGGUUUCUUUUCUCUCAAAAGGGGUUUCAAGAUGCCUAUGUUUCAGCCCUCAAAGAGGGAUGGGGUUGUUGGGUUUGAUGGUGGUGGAGAUGGGCAUGUCAUAGAUCUGGACACAGCUGUGAAGGAUGGGGUUUUGGGUGGUGUUGGUGGUGGGGUUGUUACUAUUGGUGUUGGUGAGAAAUUGGAUCUGAGGAAGAUGAUUGAAGAGCUUGACUUGUCUGAGGUCCCUUCAGUGUUCAUCUGCCCAAUCUCCCUGGAGCCAAUGCAAGACCCAGUGACCCUUUGCACUGGCCAAACCUAUGAGAGCUCCAACAUUCUCAAAUGGUUCAAUUUGGGGCACCUCACCUGCCCCACCACAAUGCAGGAGCUCUGGGACGAUUCGAUAACCCCGAAUAGGACCCUUUACCAUCUAAUCUACACUUGGUUUUCUCAGAAGUAUCUGCUCAUGAAGAAGAGGUCUGAAGAUGUUCAAGGAAGGGCUUCUGAGCUUGUCGAGACACUAAAGAAGGUGAAGGGUCAAGCUAGGGUGCAAGCCCUCAAGGAGCUUCAUCAAGUUGUGGCAGCUCACGCCACUGCCAGGAAGACACUGAUUGAUAAAGGUGGGGCUACUGUAGUUUCAUCCCUGCUAGGUCCAUUUACUUCACAUGUUGUUGGUUCCGAAGUCAUUGCCAUUCUUGUCAAUUUGACCCUUGAUUCAGAAUCGAGAACGAGUUUGAUGCAACCAGCAAAAAUUUCGUUAAUGGUGGACAUUCUGAAUGAGGGGUCCAUUGAGACAAAAAUCAAUUGUACCCGGUUGAUCAAAAUGCUGAUGGAGGAGAAGGAUUUUCGAUCAGAAAUAAUUUCGAGCCAUAGCCUCUUGGUAGGACUAAUGAGGCUGGUGAAAGAUAAGAGGCAUACAGUUGGAACCUUGCCUGGACUUAGCCUCCUCAGAACAAUAUGCUUGCAUAAGGAAGUAAGGGGUUUUAUGGUGAGCAUUGGGGCUGUGCCUCAGUUAGUUGAUUGUUUGCCUUCUCUCGACCAUGAAUGCUUAGAACUAGCUCUUUUCAUCUUGGAUGCACUGUCCUCUGUACCGGAGGGAAUAUCAGCUUUGAAGGAUUGUUUGAACACUAUUCCGAAUAUGGUGAGGCUUCUUAUGAGAAUUUCAGAAAGUUGUACUCAAUAUGCACUGUCAAUUUUAUGGUCUGUAUGUAAACAUGCCCCUGAAGAAUGCUCAUCAAUUGCUCUGGAUGCUGGUCUAGCGGCAAAGCUCCUCCUUGUGAUACAGAGUGCUUGCGGUCCUGUCCUGAAGCAGCAGUCUGCAGAGCUCUUGAAGCUUUGUAGUCUAAACUAUACAGAUACAAUAUUCAUUUCCAAGUGCAAACUCACAAGGACAAUCCAAUGACAGGGAAAUUUUACGUGGAUAUGUAUAUGACCCCUUUGAUUCUGAUAUGUGGCCCUGAACAGAAUGCCAAAUCCUGGGCGUGUGGUACGAAUCAGCUCACCUGUAUAUACUUGAAAAGUAUGUUUGUUCCAACAAUUGAUUCAACAUUCAUGAAGAAGUCCUCACAAUGUGGACAUCAGACACCAUGCUGGUUCUAAUGCAAUCAUGCAAUUUGCUCAACUGGCGUCAAUGGUUGUCGAAUAAACCCCAGAAGAAAGAAGAAAGUGUAGUUAGUUGUUGGAUAAAGAUACUUGUUAGGAGGAGAAUUUGCUCCAAAAAAUAUGGAGCUUGCAAUUACAAUUGUAAUUGUCAAGAAAUUGCUUGGCUCCCACUCUUUAGUUCCCUUUGUUCCCCUUAAGGUCUUGGUAGUAGCUCCCAGUUUUCCAAUUGUUUUUUUUCUUUUCUUAUGUGGGAGUUUUGUUUUUGACCCACUAACUGUAGAAAUUGUAGAGCCUUCGGGUUCUGUUCUCCAUUUUAACGUGUACAUUGAAUUGAAGUCAACAAUAUCUUUCCUCAGUUAUUUGCUUUGUUUACAAUGUAAUUUCACA